UCAAACCAGAGGGAAAGCUCCUCUGGUAAUUGUAUAAAGGCACCCAAAAACACCCCAAGCGAUCGAUAGAGAGAGAGAGAUGGAGGGAGAAGGAAUAGAACACAGGAUGGUGGAGGUGAACGGAAUAAAGAUGCACGUGGCGGAGAAGGGAGAAGGGCCGGUGGUGCUCUUCCUCCACGGAUUCCCAGAGCUUUGGUAUUCAUGGCGCCACCAGAUACUCUCCCUCGCCGCCCGCGGUUACCGCGCCGUCGCCCCCGACCUCCGCGGCUACGGCGACACCGAAGCGCCGGCCGACGUUUCCGCCUACUCAAUCUUCCACCUCGUCGGCGACCUCGUCGCCCUCAUCGACUCUCUCGGCCAAGAGCAGGUAUUCGUGGUUGGCCACGAUUGGGGUGCAAUUGUGGCGUGGAAUCUCUGCGCUUUUAGGCCGGACAAGGUCAAGGCGCUCGUAAAUCUCAGCGUAGCUUUUUUUCCAAGAAAACAGGCUCUGUGGCGGAUCGACACCUUGAGGAGGAUGUACGGCGACGAUUUCUACGUUUGUAGAUUUCAGGAACCUGGAGAAGUGGAAGCUCAAUUUGCUCAAGUUGAUACAGCUCUGCUCAUGAAGAGUUUCUUAACGUCUCGAAAUCCAGGGCCCUUUAUGAUACCAAAGCACGGCGGAUUCACAGGAAGACUUGGUAAAGAAAUUAUCUUACCCAGUUGGCUUUCUGAAGAUGAUGCACAGUACUAUGCAAGCAAGUUUACAAAGACAGGAUUUACCGGUGCAAUCAACUACUACCGUAACAUAGACAAGAACUGGGAGCUCAGUGCUCCAUGGGAAGAGGUUCAGAUAAAAGUUCCUACGAAGUUCAUCGUAGGAGAUGUUGAUCUUGCUUACCGUUGUGGAGGAAUGGAGGAUUACAUUCACAAGGGUGGGUUCAGGAGAGAUGUUCCAUUGCUUGAGGAGGUGGUGGUGAUGGAAGGAGUUGGCCACUUUAUCAAUCAGGAAAGGGCUGAAGAAAUCUCAAACUAUAUAUAUGAAUUCAUCCAGAAAUUUUAAUUUACUGAUCAUCCUUCGAACGAUCA